UUUCCACGGGGCCUGUGUGCAUAAAGUAGUGCAUGUUGUCGUCCACGAAGCCUUCCAGCCUUCUCGCUCCUGCAGCUGAUCCGCAGAUCUCAAAGUGCGUGGAUGGGGCUACUCCGCCACGGCCGUGACCGUGGCAGCAGCGGCAGCAGCGCAGAGCGCGUCGCCUCUUCCUCGCCGCACGCAGCAGCAGCUGUCAUGUGAAUCAGCUGGGCGAACAAGGAAGGAGAUAAACAACAACACGACUCCGUCUCUCCACUCCAAGAUUCUAGCCGCUGAGGAGGCAGGAUGGCGGGAGCAGAGGUGUCCGGCCCUGCGAACCCCACCUGCAAGAUCAUGACCUUCAGGCCCACCAUGGAAGAAUUCAAAGACUUCAACCAGUACCUGGUGUACAUGGAGUCUCAGGGUGCACACCGCGCUGGCUUGGCUAAGGUCAUCCCUCCUAAAGGCUGGAAGCCCCGUCGUACCUACGACGACAUCGACGACUUAAUGAUCGACGCUCCCAUCCAGCAGAUGGUGGCGGGCCAGUCGGGGCUCUUCACCCAGUACAACAUCCAGAAGAAGCCUCUUAGCGUGCAGGAGUUCAGGCGCUUAGCAAACAGUGACAUGUACUGUACACCUCGCUACCUGAAUUAUGAAGACCUGGAGAGGAAAUACUGGAAGAACCUUACCUUUGUCUCGCCCAUAUAUGGGGCAGAUGUCAGUGGCAGCCUCUAUGAUGAGGACGUGGAAGAGUGGAACAUCGGACACCUGAACUCCAUCCUGGAUGUUAUCGAGGAGGACUGUGGCGUAUCCAUACAGGGGGUCAACACUCCCUAUCUCUACUUUGGCAUGUGGAAGACCACCUUCUCCUGGCACACCGAGGACAUGGAUCUGUAUAGCAUCAACUACCUUCACUUUGGAGAGCCCAAAUCAUGGUACGCCAUCCCUCCGGAGCACGGCAAACGACUGGAGCGCCUGGCUACAGGGUUUUUCCCCAACAGCUUCAAGGGCUGUGAAGCUUUUCUGCGUCACAAGAUGACCCUUAUCUCCCCCUCCAUACUUAGGAAGUAUGGCAUUCCCUUCGAUAAGAUCACUCAGGAAGCCGGAGAGUUCAUGAUCACCUUCCCGUAUGGCUACCAUGCCGGGUUCAAUCACGGCUUCAACUGUGCAGAGUCCACCAACUUCGCCACGGUUCGCUGGAUCGACUACGGCAAGGUGGCCACACAGUGCACAUGUAGCAAGGAUAUGGUGAAGAUAUCCAUGGAGCCUUUCGUGAAGCGUUUCCAGCCUGACCGUUACGCCAACUGGAUGCUGGGCAAGGACUCGACGCUCAUCGACCACACUGUUCCCGCUCCCAGCACGACGCCGGAGCUGCAGAGCUGGCUACAGAGACGCCGGAAGACCAAGUCUGCCACUAAAGGCAGCAGUCACUCUCGCAUGCGCUCCAAGCGCCUCAGGACCACAGAGGAGCCAGUUGAUCUGGAUGGUAGCUUAGCGCUGAGCGGCAGCAAGAGAAAACCUCUGGGUGGUCAGUCCGGGCCCAAGGCGAGGAGGCCUGCAGCCGGGACAGCCUACAGGGAGCUAGAGAGAGGGAGGAAGAAGCAGGCGGAGGCCAAGCACAACCAAAAGCAGAGCCCGCCUGAGCUUUCUGCGGCUUGCAAACAAAUGUGCGUGGUCAAGGUAAACCGCGUUGAGAGCAAAAGCCUGGGGGUUUCUAAAGAGGACGCGUCGCCGUCAAGCUCCCGGGGUUCACCGGUGGAGGACGAGCUAAAAGCGACCGUGACUGACCCUCAGGACCUCUCAGGGCCCACGGGGCCCGGGUCUCCUCAGGCACAGCUGGAAGUCGGUGAUUCCAGGUGUUGUCCUUCUCUUCAGCAAGACCUCGACUCGCCUUCCCCUGCAGACGCCUCCGCAGAGACUCUAAUGGACACCCGUCCCUGUGAACCUCACGUCUCAGCGCCCCCGUCCCCAGCGCUGCCCUUGGACACUGACACGGACAUGCGUACGGGUAGCGCGGGUCACACUAGCGACACUGUAAAAGAGGAGAGCAUGGACGUAGAUGUUGAUCCCCAACACGCUGAACCACACUCCAACACGAAAGCACUUUAUGAGCCGGCGGAGGGGGGCGCUCACACGUCAGGCGGCCCCCCCUCUGCCUCACAACUCAACCACGGCGGGGAGCAAGGCGGCACCGAGGAAAGCCUGCCGCCUCCUCUCCUGCAGAGGAGCGCGGCAGACAUGCCCCGGCUCACGCCAGAGCCGGCCGGCAAGGUGGCCGCCUGCCCGCUGCCGCCUGUGUUGACCCAGGAGAUGCCCUCCCUCACGCCCGCCGACGACGAGGUCACCCACUUCCACAAACCCGGCGCCUUCAGUCACCAGGUCGCGCCCGUGCUCCAGAGGGAGACGCCGACGGGCUCGCCGUCUUCGCAGGGGGCCGGGGAGGAGGAAGGUGCUCCCUCAGAGCCGGCGGAGCCGCGCACGGUGGACCCCGACGGCGGCUGGCAUUCACAGGCCCCGAUUAAUCGCGAGGAGGCGGCAGCGUGUGGCUCGGAAGCAAAUGCAGCUCGUUUGCCUACCGGCGGCUUUCACGAAAGAACAUCUGCCGACGUCCGUGAAAUGUUAAUAAAACCCGCUCCUGAAAGGGAUCACACAACGCCGGGAUGUUUCGUCCCCGAGGGAAGUGAUGCAAGUCGGAGCCCGCUGGUUCAGAGAGGCACAGCUCAGAGAGAGACACAGCCCCACUUGCCUGAUCCAAUCAAAGACAGCUGCCCAGCUGAGCGAGCCGUUCCCUUCAGUCCGAACGUCCCCCCAUCACCUGCUAACGCCGCUGAUGUCCCCCGGUCCCCUGCUUCCUCCUCACGCCCUCCGAACGAGAACCACUCAGCAUCACAACCCAGCCACCACGCUCUGUUUUCCGAUUGUUCUUCCCAACACGUCCAGCCUAAUGCGUCCCCCGCUAGUAUCUGGAAAAACUUCACUUCCCAGAGUCCCGCAGUCCUCAUCCAGAGUCUGCAGCCAGAUCUCCCGAGCGACUUCUCCCACGACCCCCUGCCUUACACCAUGUGGACUGAACCUCGGUGCAAAGAGGUCACAGACCUGGAGGACCCCGCGACGGACCUGCGCCGGUCGGAGAACCAGGAAGACGAAGGCGGGGUUCUCACCUGGGCCCAGCUGGAGCCCACCUCGCUCCUGUCAGUCGGUGCUAUCGAGCCCCUGGGGCUUUGUGAAGAGUACGAGUUGCAAAAGGAUGAAGAGGACGCGUCCGGAGCCGCGUCCAGACUGGGCGAGGCCGAGGAGCGGCUACGCCCCGAGAGGGAGCUGUCGCCUCACGGGUCGGGGGCGGGGGAGCAGGAUGAGACGUCUGACAUGGAGGAAGAGGAGUCCGAUUGUGACGAUGCAGAGCAGCUAAGUGGUGCGAAGGGACCGAGCAGCAGCGAGUCUUCCGAGGAAGAGGUGGAGAACGACGCAAAGAACUACAGGUGUGAGGAAUCUGGCCUCGAACCUGGGGAGGUUUGUGCUUACCCAGCCCUGUCAGCCAAGAGGACCACUAAGAGCUGGCGUCACCCUCUCAGGAAACCCACCGCAAGAGCCGUGCCCACAGCCGUGAAGCAACAGGCCGCCAGUGACGAGGAGCCUCCAGAAGCGAGCCUGGCAGAAGAGGAGGUGGAGGAGGACGAGGACGAGGAGGAGGAAGAGGAGGAGGGGGAGCAUGAAAUGGAGGGAUGGGCGAAGCCCCUCAUCCACCUUUGGCAGAACAGGAAGAGCUGCUUCUCUGCAGAGAGGGAGUACAAUGCUCAUGCAGCCACCCUGCAGCCACACUGUGCUGUUUGCACCUUCUUCAUGCCGUACUAUCAGGCUGACGACAAAGCGGAGGACCUGAAAUCCGACCCGGCGAAGGACCCUUUCGGGGCUCCGUCUCCAGCGGAGGCCCCCUCGCCUGCCUGCGGAGGGCCGAGGAGGUCCAAGCCCCUGGUCCCUGAGAUCUGCUUCUCUUUCCGAGAGCAGAACUGCCCCCCGACUCCCACCAACCCCCUGCUGCAAGAAGACGGCACCUCUCCUCUGCUGUACUGCCAGAGCUGUUGCCUGCAAGUUCACGCAAGCUGCUACGGUGUAGCUGCAGAAGACAUCAGCGAGCAAUGGCUGUGUGACCGCUGUUCAGACGGGAGCCUCACAGCUGAGUGCUGUCUCUGUAACCUCAGAGGUGGAGCCCUGAAGAAAACCCACAACAACAAAUGGGCCCACGUGAUGUGUGCCGUCGCUCUCCCAGAGGUCCGGUUCGGCGAUGAAGCCAAGAGGAGUCCCAUUGAUACCAGCAGGAUCCCCGUGCAGCGUUAUAAACUGAAAUGCAUCUAUUGCCGCAGCCGCUGCGCGGGGAAGUGGCAGGCGGGAGCUUGUAUCCAGUGCUCGUGUGGCCGCUGUCCCACCUCCUUUCACGUGACCUGUGCCCAUGCUGCCGGGGUUGUCAUGGAGCCAGACGAUUGGCCGUAUGUCGUGUCAGUCACCUGCCACAGACACCAGUCGCGGAGUUCGUCUGCUAACCAGCGAUUGUGGCAACCUCCUGUCUCACUGGGCCAGACGGUGAUCUCCAAACACAAGAACCUGCGCUACUACAGCUCCAAAGUCACCGAGAUCACCUCGCAGACCUUCUACGAGGUCAUGUUCGACGACGGGUCUUUCUCUAAUGAUACCUACCCCGAGGAUAUCGUGAGCAGAGACUGUGUGAACCUCGGCCCUCCUGAAGUCGGAGAAGCUGUCCAAGUUAAAUGGCCUGACGGGCUUUUCUAUGGUGCUAAAUACCUGGGAUCCAACGUUUCCUACAUGUACCAGGUGGAGUUUGAAGAUGGAUCUCAGGUGCUGGCUAAAAGAGAAGAUAUCUACACUCUAGAUGAAGAUCUUCCUAGAAAGGUGAAGCGCAGACUAUCGACGGCCUCAAGCAUGCGCUUUCAGGAUGCCUUCUUCACCACGCAGGGGGAGAGGAAAAGACAGAGGACACCGAACUCACGCUUCCAGAAUGACUAUGUGGCCCUGCCAGGCCUCCGUACGACUGCCAAAAGCACAUGGGAGCACCGCAGCCACAAAGGGAAAUGAAGUCAUGGAGAAAAGAUCAAUGGCCAACGAAUGCACUGAAUUAACAGUGGAUGAGAGAGAGCUGUGCUUUUUUCCCCCCCCUUCUGUGUGAUUGUAUGCUUGUGUGUGAGUCUUCAGGAUCUGCUUCCAUCCAUCCGAACAGCUGCGGCCCACACAGAAUCCCUGUGCAACGAUAACAAGAAGCGAUGAAACAGAAUCCCGGUUGGGUGGACGUCGAUGUGCGAGCGGCUGUACAUUUUAUUCCCGUGAUGAGCGAGUGGGCGGCGUGUCUGCAGGUUGCAGAAGAAGUCUGGUCGGACUCACGUAGAGGAGGCCAACAGGGGGCUUUUCUGCCUCCGUCAGGGAAAACACACAGAACCCUUUUUAGAAAUCACUAAUCAUGUCUUUGUACAUUAAAAAUUCAGAGGGGAUUUUUCUUUUUCUUUUAAGAGCCCAUUUUUGGCUGUUUUUUUUUGGGUAGGGUUUUGGGUUGACUUGGCUUGUUGAGCUUUCAGUUUUGAUUUUAGAUGUUUAUGUACUCUGCUUGUAAUAUCCUCCUCCAUUAUGUCUUCACUGCAUGUUCAACAGCGUCUCCUAACUGCUUCUGUCCGGCCAAGUCCAAGCACACCACAAUGGCUUCCUCUCUGCUGUUUUUAAAAAAAUGAAUUUUCUUUAUCGACUAGAAUACAUCAACUCUACCCCCCCCCCCCCCAAAAAAAACGAACUGCAUGUUAAUUGCGUCCUCUGGAAAAUAUUCGGACAGGAAGCCACGGCUCUGUGUUGGACUUGGCCUCCCAUCAACGUGAAAUGCUACUGUUGCUCUGUUAAAUCAAACCCAGUGUUGAAAUUAUUUAAAAUUUGUAUUUAUUAUUAUUAUUUUUGGCUUGAUAUAGGUAAAGUAUUGCCAACUGCUGUAAAGAAAAAUGAGAAUUGCAAGUUUAUUUUUGUUCUUUAACUGAAAUGUUGAUUAUGUCAGACUCCAUCGGAUCCAUCGGAAAAUAAAUGAGUAAUUUUAGGAAUCAGGGAAUAGACAUGAAUUUUUGAGAUGCGAGUUUGGGGAAAAACUGUUUCUGAAACUAAACGCAAACAUUGGAUGUUGGACAUCACAUUGAAAUGGUUAUUAAAGUAUUUCCUUAAAGCAUUA